AUGGAAUUAUUUUGUACAAACAAAAAGGACAAAUUAUCGGAAAGUGAGCGUGAACUGAUCGAUAGAAGCUUAAUUAAGAUGAUCGCACUUGAUUAUCGACCAAUUAGCAUCGUUGAAAAUAUUGGUUUGCUAUACUAUUCAAAACAGUUGCAACCGUUAUAUACUUCUCCUAACAGGAAAGUAUUAUCAACACAAAUGAUACCGAAUGCGUACAAUACAAUUUUUCAACAGUUAUGGGCAAUGUUAAAUUAUGUUGAGCAUGUAUCAGUAACAACAGAUAUCUGGACAUCAGGCAGCACAAAAGCCUUCCUGACAUUAACUUGCCAUUUCAUCCACAAUGAUAAACUGUGGAAUACAGUUUUAGCGACAGAAGAAUUUUCAGAAAGGCAUACCGGAGAAAAUACUGCGAACAUGCUAAAGUCAAUGUUUGAAGUAUGGAACAUCGACAAAAAAAUUGUAGCUGUAGUUAGUGAUAAUGGCGCUAAUAUAAAAAACGCGAUAAUUGAGCAUUUGAAUCUACGCCAUCAUGCGUGUGUAGCGCAUACAUUAAACUUAAGUGUACAAGAAGCCAUUUCCAAAGACGAAACGGUAAAACAAUUAAUCGCGAAGUGCCGGACAAUAGUGUCGCAUUUUAAUCAUAGUGUCGUGGCUUCCGAAAGACUAAAGUCCAUGCAGAAACAACUUCGUUGCCCUCUAUAUAAAGUAAAGCAGGAUGUUUCCACCAGAUGGAAUUCUACGUUGACAAUGAUGGAAAGAUUACUAUUAUUAAAAGAUCCACUGUCAGCUAUAAUUGUGUCACUUCCAAAUGUACCACCUUUUUUGACGAUUGCAGAAUGGGAAAUAAUUAGUGACUUGGUGCCUGUUUUAAAACCCGCAGAAUUGAUGACAUCCGAACUAUCAGGGGCAAGAUAUAGCACCAUGUCACGAAUUAUUCCCCUUGUGAGAGGAAUUCAACAUCUUUUGAUGAACAAAAAAACAAAAUCACCUCCGGGGAAGUCCCUUAAGGAUGGUCUUUUGGAUGUGAUAAGUAGAAGACUAUGCAUGUUGGAAACAAACCAGUUAUGUGCCAAGGCAACUUUCCUUGAUCCGCGAUUUAAGAAAGUAGGAUUUGGUUUGCCGGCAAAUGCUGAUAAUGCACAAAAAUUAAUUGUAACUGAAUUGGCAAACAUUUUAAAUCUCAAAAGCGGUUUACAAAACCAAGAGACCGAUUCUUCUUUAUCAAACGAUUUGUCCAACGAAAAUCAAACAAACGAAGGCGAUGACCCUUGGGCACAUUUUGAUGAAAAAGCUACAAAAAUUAGAAGUCAAUCCACUCCAUCUUCAGAAGCAAAUGUUUUGAUUAAAUCUUGA